AUGUACGCAGUCACCCCCACUACCACAUGGAACACUGUACCGCAAGGACACUGUAGUUCCAUGAGACAUACCUGGAUUCAGGAAAUGGUUGUACGAGGAGACCACAGUCGAGAUACGAGGCACUGGCAUCAACAGCUCCGACACAAACCACUGGCGUCAGCUGUCGACACCAUGGCCGCCAUGUUUCUGUGUUUUGCUACCGUUGCCAUGUCUCUCUGUCAUCAACACCUCGCCCCUGUGCACUCCGUCAUCAACACCUCGCCCCUGUGCACUCCGUCUGUGUCACUAACCCCCCAACGUCAUACUCACUUUCAAUACGGUUCUGAUGAUGAAGAGGAAUUGUCGUCGACAGUGUCCCCCAAGUUUAGUGGUUGGCGGUGCAUAAAGUUUGUGUUAGUGUCGACAAAAGGCCGAUUUGGCACUAGCGGAAAAGCGGCGAUGAAGAGACGUUUUGAGCGCCUAAUUUUGACACAACGACUCCAAAGGCCCGCAGCUGUGUUUCGCCGUUUUCCGAAUGCCGACAUCUGUCCUCAAAGGCCCUAUUCGACGACCUUCAACAGCUCCCCGCCACUGCCGCAAGAUGCCAAUAUAGUUUUCGUAUCUGACAGAAAGUAUCACGGGCAGGAAUAG